AAGAGAGAGAGAGAAGAAAAAGAAAGAAAACAUACACAUCAAGAAAGGCUUUGGCUUUGCUUCACAAAGAAAGCGUUCAAUCUCUCUCUCUCUCUCUCUAGUAAAACCAGAUCGAUUGUUUAAUCUUUUUUCUUUAAAAAAUCUGACUGGUGUAAGAAUUAAGCUCAUUCUGGAGUCUGAUCUUUGUUGUUUUUGAUUAUUUCCAAGAAAGCAGCGGUCAUUGCUGUUGUGUUAGUUUUGAAGACAAUAGAAGACCGUUAGGUUAAGAAAAGUAACAGAAGUUGUGAGUUUGGAUUGGGAUUUUGCUACAGCUACUGGAAGACUCGGUUGUUGUUUGAUCUGUGUUGGAUUGAACUAUCAUUCGCUGGAGGAAUCGGAAGCAGAUCGAGACGUCAUUGAAGUUUCCGAUCUGAUUGAAGUUAACAAAAAAUGGUUCUUUCAGCCAGCUUAGGGGUUGGAUCCCUUGUUUGGGUGGAGGAUCCUGAUGUAGCAUGGUUAGAUGGUGAAAUUGUGGAGGUCAAUGGUGAAGACAUUAAGGUUCUUUGUACUUCAGGGAAGACGGUUGCUGUUAAAUCUUCUUGUAUUUAUCCAAAAGAUGCUGAAGCACCACCAUGUGGAGUGGAUGACAUGACAAAGCUGGCUUAUUUACAUGAACCAGGACUUCUGGAUAAUUUAAAAUCGAGAUAUGAUAUCAAUGAAAUCUAUACAUACACGGGAAGUAUAUUAAUUGCUGUGAACCCUUUCAGAAAAUUACCACAUCUAUAUGAUAGUCAUAUGAUGGCACAAUACAAAGGGGCAGCCUUUGGUGAACUGAGUCCACACCCUUUUGCUGUUGCAGAUGCGGCAUAUAGAGUUAUGAUCAAUGAGGGAAUUAGUCAGUCAAUCUUGGUUAGUGGUGAGAGUGGGGCAGGUAAAACAGAAAGCACAAAAUUGCUUAUGCGGUAUCUUGCUUACAUGGGAGGAAGAGCUGCAACUGAGGGGAGAACUGUUGAACAGAAAGUCCUGGAGUCGAAUCCCGUUCUAGAAGCAUUUGGUAAUGCGAAGACUGUCAGAAACAAUAACUCGAGUCGUUUUGGUAAAUUUGUGGAGAUUCAGUUUGACCAGAGAGGAAAGAUUUCAGGAGCUGCCAUCAGAACUUAUCUGCUGGAGAGGUCUCGUGUUUGUCAAGUGUCCGAUCCUGAGAGGAAUUACCACUGUUUCUACAUGCUUUGUGCCGCACCGCCUGAGGAUCUUCAAAGGUACAAAUUGGGAAAUCCAAGAACGUUUCAUUAUUUAAAUCAAUCAAAUUGCUAUGAGUUAGAUAGCAUGGAUGAUUCAAAAGAAUAUGUCGCAACAAGGAGGGCAAUGGAAGUUGUUGGAAUAAGCACUGAGGAACAGGAUGCGAUCUUUCGAGUUGUGGCUGCAAUCCUGCAUCUUGGAAACAUUGAAUUUGCAAAGGGAAAGGAAAUUGACUCAUCCGUGCCCAAAGAUGAAAAAUCUUGGUUUCAUCUAAGAACUGCUGCAGAACUGUUCAUGUGUGACAUAAAGGCUUUAGAGGAUUCCCUCUGCAAACGUGUAAUUGUAACUCGUGAUGAAACCAUUACCAAAUGGCUUGAUCCAGAAGCUGCAGCUGUCAGUAGAGAUGCUUUGGCAAAAAUUGUGUACUCGAGGUUGUUUGACUGGCUCGUGGAUAAAAUCAAUAGUUCAAUUGGUCAAGACACCGACUCAAAACGCUUAAUUGGGGUGCUGGAUAUAUAUGGAUUUGAGAGUUUCAAGACAAACAGGUGCUUAGCCGCUUUGAGCAAUUUUGCAUAAAUCUGACAAAUGAGAAACUGCAGCAGCACUUCAAUCAGCACGUUUUCAAAAUGGAGCAAGAAGAAUAUACAAAAGAAGAAAUUAAUUGGAGCUAUAUAGAAUUCAUUGAUAAUCAAGAUGUUUUAGAUCUCAUUGAAAAGAAACCGGGCGGUAUCAUAGCUCUUCUGGACGAAGCUUGCAUGUUUCCAAGAUCAACACACGAAACAUUUGCCCAAAAGCUGUACCAAACAUUCAAAAACCAUAAACGAUUCAGCAAGCCAAAACUGUCUCGUUCUGACUUCACCAUUUGUCAUUAUGCUGGUGAUGUCACUUAUCAAACUGAAUUGUUUCUAGACAAAAACAAAGAUUAUGUUAUUGCUGAACAUCAAGCACUCCUGAGUGAUUCCAAAUGUUCAUUUGCGUCGGGUUUGUUUCCCCCUUCAAGUGAGGAGUCCUCCAAACAAUCUAAGUUCUCUUCAAUAGGGUCACGGUUUAAGCAACAAUUGCAAGCAUUGCUUGAAACUCUGAGUGCGACCGAGCCUCAUUAUAUUCGCUGUGUAAAGCCCAACAAUUUUCUAAAACCAGCUAUCUUUGAGAACUAUAAUGUUCUACAACAACUACGGUGUGGGGGAGUCAUGGAGGCAAUCAGGAUAAGUUGUGCUGGAUAUCCUACCAGAAGACCCUUUUAUGAAUUUGUAGAUAGGUUUGGCAUGCUUGCACCUGAAAUUUUGGAUGGCAGUGCGGAUGAGGUCACUGCUUGCAAGAGGCUUCUGGAGAAGGUCGGACUUCAAGGCUAUCAGAUUGGUAAAACAAAGGUGUUCCUAAGGGCUGGUCAGAUGGCGGAACUAGAUGCUCGCAGGACUGAGAUCUUAGGAAGAUCUGCUAGCAUUAUUCAGAGGAAAAUCCGUUCUUACAUGGCUCAAAAAAGUUUUGUCUUGUUGCGGUUGUCAGCCAUGCAACUUCAAUCUGUGUGCAGAGGACAACUUGCUCGGCAAGUUUAUGAGGGCAUGCGGAGAGAGGCUUCUUGUCUGAGGAUUCAAAGAGAUUUGCGGAUGCAUCUGGCUAGGAAAGCUUACAAAGAAUUGUGCUCCUCUGCUGUCUGCAUUCAGACAGGUAUGCGCGGGAUGGCUGCACGUAAUGAACUUCGCUUCAGAAUGCAGACAAGGGCUGCAAUUAUUAUACAGAGUCACAGCCGCAAAUUCUUAUCUCGCUUGCACUACAUGGAGAUAAAGAAAGCUGCAAUUACUACGCAAUGUGCCUGGAGGGGAAGAGUUGCUCGUAAAGAACUGCGGAAGCUUAAGAUGGCUUCUAGGGAAACCGGUGCUCUGCAAGCUGCCAAAAAUAAAUUGGAGAAACAAGUUGAAGAACUGACUUGGCGAUUACAGCUGGAGAAACGCAUGAGAGCUGACUUGGAAGAAUCAAAAACACAAGAAAAUUCAAAACUACAAUCUGCUUUGCAAGAGAUGCAACUCCAAUUCAAAGAAACAAAAGAAAUGCUCAUGAAGGAAUGUGAGGCUUCCAAAAAGGCAGCAGAACAAGUCCCUGUCAUACAGGAGGUCCCAGUCGUCGACCAUGCAAUGAUGGAUAAGCUUACUUCUGAAAAUGAGAAACUGAAGGCCUUAGUUAACUCUCUAGAAAAGAAAAUUGAUGAAACAGAGAAAAGAUAUGAAGAGACAAACAAGCUUAGUGAGGAGAGGUUAAAGCAGGCUAUGGAGGCAGAGUCCAAGAUAAUUCAGCUGAAGACUGCUAUGCAGAGCCUUGAAGAAAAAAUUUCUGACAUGGAAUCUGAGAACCAAGUUCUUCGACAGCAAGCCUUGUUAACACCUGUGAAGCAAUCAUUAGGACAUCCACCGACCUCAGCAACUAAGAUUUUGGAAAAUGGCCAUCAUGUGACUGAAGAGACCAGAGCCAAUGAACUACAAAGUGUCACGCCUGCUAAGAAUUUUGGGACUGAAUCAGAUAGCAGGUUUAGGAGACCCCCGGUUGAUCGUCCGCAUGAGGAUGUUGAUGCAUUGAUUGAGUGCGUUAUGAAUAUGAAAGAGGGUUUUAGUCAAGGCAAGCCUGUUGCUGCAUUUACCAUUUACAAAUGUCUUCUCCACUGGAAAUCUUUUGAAGCUGAAAGAACUAGUGUAUUUGAUCGACUGAUUCAGAUGAUUGGUUCAGCAAUUGAGAAUCAAGACAACCAUGAUCAUAUGGCUUAUUGGCUGUCAAAUACAUCGACAUUAUUGUUCUUGCUCCAAAGAAGUUUAAAAGCUUCUGGUGCAGCUGGUGCAACUCCACUUCGGAAACCACCACCUGUUACAUCCCUCUUUGGGAGGAUGACAAUGGGAUUUCGCUCGUCCCCAUCUUCUGUCAACCUUGCUGCAGCUUCGGCAGCGCUUGAGGUAGUACGCCAAGUUGAAGCCAAAUAUCCAGCUUUGCUUUUCAAGCAGCAGCUCACAGCAUAUGUCGAGAAAAUCUAUGGAAUUAUUCGAGACAACCUGAAGAAGGAGUUGGGAUCAUUGCUUGCCUUAUGUAUCCAGGCACCAAGAACUUCCAAGGGGAGCGUGCUAAGAUCUGGGCGGUCCUUUGGUAAAGAUACUUCAACAAAUCACUGGCAGGGAAUUAUUGAAUGUCUCAACACUCUUCUCAGUACUUUGAAAGGAAAUUUUGUGCCUCCCAUUCUUGCUCAGAAGAUAUUUACUCAGGUUUUCUCUUAUAUUAAUGUACAACUCUUCAACAGUCUUCUUCUACGCCGUGAAUGCUGUACAUUCAGCAAUGGGGAAUAUGUGAAAGCUGGGUUGGCUGAGUUAGAGCUAUGGUGCUGCCAAGCAAAAGAAGAGUAUGCAGGCUCAGCUUGGGAUGAACUUAGGCAUAUAAGACAAGCUGUUGGGUUUUUGGAAGGUGUGGCUAAACAUAUAUGCUAUAAUGUGGCUAAACAUAUGCUAUAUGUGUUUAUUGUUAGCUUAAUUGAUGCAUCUUGCCCGCAGGUUAUACAUCAGAAGUAUCGGAUUUCUUAUGAUGAGAUUAUCAAUGAUCUAUGCCCUAUUCUCAGUGUUCAGCAGCUCUAUAGAAUAUGUACUCUAUACUGGGAUGACAGCUACAAUACUCGAAGUGUAUCUCCAGAUGUUAUUUCCAGCAUGAGGGUACUAAUGACAGAGGACUCUAACAAUGCUCUCAACAAUUCCUUUAUAUUGGAUGACUAUUCCAGCAUACCCUUCUCAGUGGAUGAUCUUUCUAAUUCAAUGCAAGUAAAGGAUUUCUCAGAUGUCAAACCUGCAGCAGAACUUCUCGAGAAUCCAUUCUUCCAAUUUUUACAUGAUUGA